AUGCGUUUUGAUGAUUCUCAAAGUAUUAGUUCGGCACUUCUUAGUGAAGAUUCUCAAACGUUGAAAAGUGAUAAAAUAGAUCCUUUGAUGUCGUCAGCAUUAAAUAUACCAACACGUAAUAAUGUUAAAUGGACAAUACGAAAUAGUAUAUCGAAUGCUAGUCUGAAUCGAUAUCGAUCAUCAUUUCGUCGGCAUGGAACAAAUAAUUCUUCGAUUAAUUCCCAAUAUUCAACGACAUCGUUUCCAUUAUUUCGUCAAUUUUAUCUUAUGCGAAGUUCAUUGAUGCAAAAACGACAGCGAUCAUUAAGUAAAAAAUCAAGCAAUGACGAAUCAUUUGUAUCCGAAAAAGUUCAUGUUGCACCAUGCAUUGAAAUAAAACAUGUUGUUAUUACAAUGUUCAUUACAAUUACAAGUGCUUUUCUUUUAAUAUUUAUGAUUUUCCUUGAUUUUGCUUAUCUAAAUGAUAGUAUUCCGUAUGAAAUCAAUCAUAAUGGGUUUAUUACUAAUAACAAUGCUUUAUGUUUUCGCUAUCCUAAAAUAUGUGUAAUGAAAGGAUUAGUUAUAAUUGUAUUUAUUCUUACAACAAUAAUAUUAUGUUAUAGUAUUUUAACAUUAUAUUUUUGUGCAAAACGUCAUUCACGUUUACUUGAACAGAAAACAAAUGAAUUAGAAAAAGAAAAAUGUUUAACAGAAAAAUUACUUCAUCAAAUUUUGCCACCAUGUGUAGCAAAAGAUUUAAUUAAUGGAAGAAAAGCACCAGCCGAAUAUUAUGAUUCAGUUACUGUCUAUUUCUCAGAUAUUGUAGGAUUUACCUCUAUAGCAAGUAAGUGCUCACCAAAUGAAACAUGCAAUAUGUUAAAUCAACUUUAUUCUAUAUUCGAUUCACUUUUGGAAAAUUUUGAUGUUUAUAAAGUUGAAACAAUUGGAGAUGCUUAUAUGGUUGUAUCUGGAGCUCCAGAAAAAAAUGGUGAUAAACAUCCUAAUGAAAUUGUCAAUAUGUCCUUAAUUUUACUUCGAGGUAAACAACAAGUUCGCGUACCGCGUACAUUUGCUGAACUCAAAUUACGUGUUGGAAUCCACACAGGGCCUGUGUGUGCUGCUGUUAUCGGAUCCAAAAUGCCACGUUAUUGUAUGUUUGGUGAUACAGUUAAUGUUGCUAAUCGAAUGGAAUCUACUGGCCUACCAGAACAAAUUCAUUUGAGUGAUGAUACAUAUAAGAUAUUAAAAAAUCGAGAACACUAUAUAUUUGAAGAACGAGGUGAAAUAGAAAUUAAAGGCAAAGGUUUAAUGCGUACCUAUUUUUUAUUGGAUAGAAAAUCAAAUUAA